AUGUUCGACGGUCUUAUAAUCUCUCUUUUACUGCUGUCCAGUGUCUGGGUGCCGCAAGUCAUUUCCCAGUCAACUGUCCCGCCCAAUUCUGUGUUUGUAGAUCCAACUACAUUUGCCGUCCUGGGAGCCAAUGCCACGUUCCGUGAAAAUGCAUUCAGCGCCGACGAAUUCUUCAAUCCCACCAACUCAAGCCCUCCAUUUUUUCAGAUAUUCGAUGCUUCAUUCAUCGAUGUUCUAGGUGAAUCGCCUGCCAUUUAUGAAGUCGCGUCGAAUUCCACAUUUGCUUUUGCUCAUGAGGCACCUAUAUAUGUUCCCGAGACGGACGAGGUUUUCUUCGCUAGUAAUGCUGGAGGCGACCUUGGAAUGAGCGAUUGGGACCAUAAUAAUGUCAUUUCAAAGAUUAGCAUGACACAGGUUGAGGCGGCGAUUGAUGCUGCCAAUGCAUCUGGGUCGGUCAACGUUCCGUACACAACUUUCAUUCUCGCAGAAACAGUCCAAAUGGCGAAUGGCGGAACGGGGCCGUACAAUGGCUCACUCCUGGUUGUUACUUCAGGUCGCGCAUAUUCUCCUCCCUCGAUUGUACUCAUUGAUCCUUAUCCACCAUACGAUACCACUGUUCUCUUGGACAACUUCUUCGGCCGGCAAUUUAAUUCUCUCAAUGAUAUAAAGGUUCAUCCCCUGAGCAGAAACAUGUUCUUCACGGAUCCGGCAUAUGGAUGGUUGGGCCAUUUCCGACCCCUUCCACUAAUGCCGGCGCAAAUUUAUCGCUUUGAUCCCCUUACGGGCUCAGUUCGCGUUGUAGCUGAUGGGAUAGGAUUGCCGAAUGGUAUUGCAUUCUCACCCAACGGCUCAACGUGUUACAUCGGCGACACUUCAAGUCAGGGGGGGUUCUUGGGAGUCAACCAAACCCUUCCCUCUACAAUCUACGCGUUUGACGUUGACGCUGAAACCGAAGCAUUGAAAAAUCGCAGAGUGUUCGCGUAUGUCGACACAGGAAUCGCAGACGGCAUCAACGUUGACACUCAAGGUAAUGUCUAUGCCUCCGCUGGGGACGGGGUACAUGUUUGGAACAAUAAAGGAACGCUCAUCGGGAAAAUUUAUCUGGGGACGGGAUCUGCAAAUCUAGUGUUCGCGGGACCUGGACGGCUUCUUGUUCUGUCAGACACGAAAAUAUCUCUGGUCAGAAUAGCGGCUGAGGGCAUGUCUCUUUAAACAUGGUGAUACGAAGCCUACCAUCCUGAACUAUAAAUGAGUCUUUGCAGUUCAAGGAAUCAAGCGAUCAGGAUCUUAGAGAUGAGUCUAUCAAAUUGAGCCUUUGUUCUAGCCCUGUGUACAGGAGCAAGUAAAUGUACUGGACAACCACUUCCUUAAUUCAGACCACUGAUUGUGAAGUCUUCCCGGCGUUCUUUACAUCCGUGGCAAUGUUGGUGUUAAGUUUCGUCCUGAGGGAUGGUCAGCUUGCCUC